GCCAAGUAAUAUUCAAACGCAUUUUCCAAGUACCGAACAUCAAAAUCGGUUCCUUCUCCUUCUACCAGGACCCAUUCGACGAGAUCUCUCGACUAAUGGGAUCCGCACGAUCGUAAAAAGCCUGCUCGCUCGACUUUGAGGCAAGUAAACGGAGGUUUCUUGUCAUUUCCCAAUAGGUGGGUCCCUCGGUGUGAGACGAUCUCGUUGCAAAUGGCCGCCACCAGCCGCCACGUCAAAAAAUCACAUCACCGCAAAAAGAUUUUGGCAUUUCUUGCAUUUCCGUUUUUUCCCAGUCUUUGAAAUCUCUAAUAACGUGAAAAUUACCAGCAUGUUGUCUUUGGAUAGCAAUGGAACUCUUCACGAGGAGAUUCUCUCUCGCAUGAGUACAUAUCGUGCUACUCCUAGUGUCAGCAGUCGUACGAAUUUGAACCUGUGCCUCUUUAACCAGGAAAAUCCUUCCGAAAAUGGCUCCGAUGAUUAUCCCAGAAUUCCAAUUCCAUCGCUGGGUGGCCCAAAAGAAUGGACUUAUACAAUGCGACGAAGCAUGCAGGAAGUUGUCCCAGGUUUAUACCUUGGACCUUACAGUGCCGCUAGUCGAUCUAAACUGCAAGCCUUGUUACAACAAGGAAUAACUCACAUCGUCUGUGUUCGCCAAAAUAUUGAAGCCCAUUUCAUUAGAGCAAAUUUCCCAGAUAAUUUCAAGUAUCUCGUUCUGGACAUUGCAGACACGGCAACGGAAAACAUAAUUCAACAUUUUCAGAAAGUCAAGGCUUUUAUCGACGAAGGAUUAAAUUCCGGAGGCCAGGUCUUGGUUCACGGAAAUGCUGGCAUAUCCCGAUCAGCGGCACUGGUUCUUGCUUAUGUUAUGGAAACAUAUGGACUUACGCAAACGCAAGCUUAUGCUAUAGUACAGCAGAGAAGGUUCUGCAUUAAUCCUAACGAAGGAUUCAUGGCUCAAUUGAGGGAGUACGAACCGAUUUAUCAGGCGCAAAAGACUUUAAGAAAUGGCCAGCAAAGCUCGACAAGGCAAAGAAGCAAGAGGACGAUCCAUCAAAUGGAUGCAGAACGUACCGACGAAAGACCGGAUGCAAUGGACAGUUGAUAGCGAUCGUUGGGAUGCUAACUCACCAAAAAGACUUACCCUAGACUAGCAAAAUGAAGAUAGACCAGACUCGGGUAGUGUACCAAUGGAGCAUUCUCUGAGGUACAUUGGAUCAUAAAAACCGUGUCCCUAUACUUACCGAACAUUUUGGUCUUUAUGCAUAGCCGUCGAAAAAUACAUUAACAAGAGACCCUAGAAAUUAUGGCUAGACUGAUCGAUAGACUGUUUGCGUAUCAAACUGCAAAUCGAGUUACCGACACUGCUUUGGAAGAGCUACUACACAUAGAAUUCUUUGGUACUUUCAUGCCGAUCACUGAGUGGUCGUACAAUGAAUCCAUUUGUCGAUUCUCCAAAAAAGAGUCUCCUUUUUCUCACCUUAGAUAAUCUAUUUUUUAUUUAUUACUCAUUUAAGUUGUUUGUAGCUGUUGUUACUCACUUGUAAAAAAAAUACAUACAAUAUUUUCAA